AUGGCGCCCCCCCAGAGCUCCCCGAUCCUAGCCCAGCUGCGAAGCGCGAAGACGCAGGCCGAGCAGACGGCCGCCCUUCAAGCGCUCAAGAAUGAGAUUGUCGGCCACAUCCAGAAGAAGGAGGCCUGGAUUGCCGUCGGCGUCCUCGAGCCCAUCGUCUCGGCCUUGUGCCCGAGCCGGCCCUCGUGCAAGCCCAACGGCAAGGAUGCCUGCCUGCAGCUCCUCUCCCGACCCCUGUCCGAGGAGGACGGCGUCAAGCUGCAGGCCUUGCAGCUCGUCGCGAGCUUCGCCAACGGUACGCCCUCCCCCCUCGCCCGCCUCCCACCCUACGCACGCGCUGCCGCGGCCGCGAGGAGCCCCCCUUUUUCUAACCAGGCCAUCCUCGACGCUCCAGGAGGACCCCCCUUCCUCGCUCCUCUCCACGCCGCCCGCGUGGUGCCCGCCGUCCUCGCCAACCUCUCGCCGCACGCGAACCCUCCGCAGAUCGUCGCGGCCGUCUUGAAGGUCCUCACCGACAUUGCCGACGCCGCCGCCUUGGCCCCCAAGUCGUCGCCGCUUCACAUCCACGGCCUCGCCGACCACGUCUUCUCCCCCCAGCACGUCGAGUCGCUGAACCUGAUACUGUCCAUCUCCUCGUCGAGGCACCUGCUGCAGUCGCAGGUCGCCCUCGUCUCGGGCCUCGUGUCUCGCCUCUGCCGCCACGAGCGGCACCAGCACGCGCUCGCCGCCGCCGGCAUCCUCGACUCCCUGGCCACCCAGCUGACCAGCUUCGCCGUCCGCGACGGACUGGUGGUGCCCGGCGCCGAGGAGCUGGCCUACCAGGACGGCCUGUACGAGGUCUUUCCCGAGCCCGCCUGCGCGGGCGCCAAGAUGGGCCCCAUCCUCGAGGCCGUCGCCGCCGUCGUCGGGGAGUCGAGGUACCGCGCCAACAGGCUGGUCAACUCGCCCGCCAUCCUGGCCGGCUUCCCCGCCGUCAAGCUGGAGGAGACGAAGAAUGACGGUCGAGGCCCGCGGCAGGCGCCCGUGACGGCCAUGGAGUGCAUCCUGCCGGCCAUGCCCGUCGCGACGGCGCGAAACGCGUCGGGGACGCACCCAUCCUCGUCGAAGCCGGAUCGGUCCGAUUCCCGAACGCCCAGUCGUACGUCUUCCCGCCGAAACCUUUCUUCUUUUUCCGCCGCAGGGGACUCACCGCGCACCCAAGCGCACGCCAGCAACGGCGACGCCACCACCACCACCACCACCACCACCACCACCACCACCACCGCCGCCGCCGAGGACGUCGAGUGCCCGCUCCUCCCCUGGCUGAUUCAUCUGGUGCGGACGCUGAGCGAGCACGACCGGCUCAUGGCCGCCGCCGUCCUCGCCGCCCUCUUCAAGGCCGGCCUGGGAAGGAAAGGGGUGAGGGAGACGAGCAUCGGCCUCCUCGUCGUUCCCAUCCUCGUCAGCAUGAUCGCCAAGAGCGACAAGGAGGGCGACGACGCCGACGUCCCCGCCACCGCCGCCCAGCGCCUCGUGCUCGAGACGGCGCCGGCCAUCCUCGCCCGGCUCGUGGCCGACAGCGAAUUCCUUCAGAAGGCGGCGUACGAUUGCGACGCCGUCAAGGUGCUCGGCAGGCUCCUGAAGCGAGCGUACAGGCCGGUGCCGGAGAGCAACCUGCCCAAGCACUGGUCCGCCGACGGCGACACGGGCAUGGACGUCGAGGAAGCGUCGAGCGCGAAUCGACUGGGCGAGUCCGGUCAGGAUCCCCUGCUCAGCCACCGCGUCAAGCUGCGGGAAGGCUCGCUAAAGGCCAUCGGCUCCCUGUCGGCGGGCAAGGAGGAUUACCGGAAAGCGCUCGUCGCCGAAGACGUCGUCCCCUACGUCGUCGAGUCCCUCUGCGAGUUCCCGAGGAAGCCACGGCCGGCCAAGGAGAGGCCGAAGGAGAAGGCCGGCAGCGGCGGCGGCGGCGGCGGCGGCGGCGAGGCGGCGAGGAAGGGACCGUCGGCCGCGUACGGCACGAACCCCGUCUCCGUCCUCGUCGCCGCCUGCCACGUUGUCAGGGUGCUGGCCCGUUCGGUCAGCGUCCUGCGCACCGCCCUCGUCGACUACGGCGUCGCGCUGCCGAUAUUCCGCUUCAUGACGCACGACGACGUGAGCGUCCGGAUCGCGGCGACGGCGACGGUCAUCAACCUCGUCGUCGAGGUCAGUCCGGUUCGCGAGGUACGUUUGGCCCGGCCCGGCCCCCAUUUCUUUCCCCUUUUUCGUCGGACGCGACAGGCACGCGAGCGACGCGGACGCGACGGCGGCCGAGACGGCGACAGUCUGCUGACGGGGUGGCAGCUUUUGACGGAGCACGGCGUCAUGAAGGUCCUCUGCGAGCACGCCCACUCGGACAACCCGGCGCUGCGUCUCCACGCUCUGUGGGCGCUCAAGCACUUUGUCGACGCCGUCGGACCGGACCUCAAGAAAGCCAGCCUCGAGCAGCUCGAGCCGGGGUGGCUCGCGCAGCUGAUAUGCGACGACACGCAGGAUGCGGCGCUGCACAGCGCGAGGUUCAAGGAGACGACGGGCGACGACGACCUCGACGAGGACAUGGGCGUGCAGGCGUCGGCCGAGACGUUCCGCUGGCAGUUUGGGAGCAACGGUUCGAUGCGCGAGCUCGACGCGUCGCGCUCGACGCGCAUGCGCCAGGCCGAGGACAGGCUCUCGGCGAUCCGCGAGGCCGAGCUCAACCCGGUGCGGCGGGCGCGGAGCGACGACAUUGCGAUCCAGGAGCAGGGCCUCGACUUUAUCCGCAACCUCAUCGGACGGCCCGAGACGGGGACGCUGUCGGAGACGCCGAGCGAGACGACGGAGAUGAUCGACCACCUCUUCCGCGAGCUCGGGCAGGAUCGGCUGUUCGAGAUGCUCGCGUCGAAGCUCCGGUCGAGGAUGCUGCACCCCUUCUCGCGGCGGACGUCGACGUCGGGCCGGGACCAGCGCGUCCUGCACCCGCAGGCGAAGAUUAUCGUCGCCGUGCUCUACAUCCUCGUGCACAUGGCGGCGAGCAUCCCGCGGCACCGCCAGCUCGUCAUCGCGCAGACGGAUCUCCUGAAGCUGCUGGCGCAGCAGGCGAGCAGCAAGGACAGGGAGGUGCGCAUCGCGCUGUGCCACCUCGUCAUCAACCUCACGUGGCGCGACGACGACGGCGAGGGCCAGCAGUGCACGGCGCGGGCGCACGAGCUCAAGAGGCUCGGCUUCCACUCCAAGAUGGAGACGCUCACGCACCAGGACAGAGACCUCGACGUCAGGGAGAGGGCCAAGACGGCGGCGUUCCAGAUGGAGCAGAUGACGUACUAG